AUGGAAAUCUUUUUUGAUGGCUUCAACGCACUUGUGAUAGGACAUUCUAACGAUGAGGAGGGUUUGUGUGCAAAGAAAGCCCUCACCUUGCUGACAGCAAAGUCCUCUAACUACAGUGCCGCUAGCUGUGACGAUCCAGGAAACAGCCUAUACGACCCUAAAAUCGACUGCAAUAACCAGGCUCCACGCUGUGAUGUCCUGUUACAGUCGCCCUUUACUUCCUGUCAUGCACACAUUCGCCCGGAGCAUUACGUAUCCAGCUGCAAUCGCACUAUGUGCAGCUAUCCAGCGGUGGAUGAGGUCAACUGCCAGUUCUUCAAUGCUUAUGCCAAGGCCUGCAGUAUGAUCCUAGCCAACACUCCAGGCUGGAAGUCAAACACCAUGUGCUCUGGCGAGGCCUUCUGUCAGGACAAGUACUGCAGUGAUCAUGAGUUCUGCGGAGAAAAGAAGUUUGGUGGAACCCGCUGCUUCUGUCGGGCCAUUUUUGCCUCCACCUACAAACCAACAAACACUUUCGGUGAGCCGACAGUCUGCGAGGAGAACUCUGCCACUGUUUCGCUGGCUGAAUGUUUGCUGGUGGACCAUGGCACCAACUACUCCAAAUUACACCUCAAUGACCCGACAUGCACUGGUGACUAUGACGAGCAGAGCCACAUGGUGUCUUUCAGCUUCAGCAGCAGCAACCUCUGUGGGACAGAGACUGUGAAAAACAACAGCCAACUCAUCUACAAGAACAGCAUCAUGACGAGGAACGCGUCUGCACACGAAGUCAUCGUCCGCCACGACCAAAUACAGCUUGACUUCUCCUGCUAUUACGUACAACCAGAACGAAAGAGUGUGUCCUUCAAGAUUAAAGACAGCUCUGUGGUGGAGACGAUCGUAUCAGGAAUUUGGAAUUACACUCUGAAUAUGAGCGCCUACACAGACCCCCGCCUCAUGGAACGAAUCGGGCCAAACACCGAAAUCCGCCUCAACCAAAAGGUCUGGGUGGAGCUGAAGACGAUGGGGCUGGACGAGAACCUCCUCGACAUAGUGACCGACUCUUGUUGGGCAACCAGCCAACCGUCACCUACUGGUCCACGAUAUGACAUCAUCAAAGAUGGAUGCCCGAACGCUGCUGAUGGGACGGUGUCGCUGCAGGGAAAUGGAGUCGGCUUGUCCAACUCCUUCUCUUUCAACAUGUUCGAAUUCAUUGGGGGAGGUAAUGAUAUCUACCUGCACUGCCUUGUGGAACUGUGCGUCAAAAAUGGCCCAGCCUGUGUUCCGACGUGCGGCGGGUCAAAGAGGCGUAGAUCUGUCAGGUCUGCAUCUGCAGAUAGAAACCCAGCCCUCAUCACUAUGGCCUGGAAUAAUAACAGAUUGCUGUGA